AUGCUGAAGCGGUUCCCCAGGCGACUUGCGCCGCGUGCAAAGAAUCACGCUGAAUUAGUAAAGAUGUGGAAGGAUAAUUCACAUGUGGUGGAGAAAGCCAAAGCGGAGAGUGGCUUGCAGUUUCGCGACACCCGGCCGCCUCUGAUGAAUGAGUCCGAUGAGGCAAAGCGUCGUCGCCUCAUCUAUCAGUCUGCCUAUCGCGGCAUGGUGGAGAUGGAUAUCAUUCUGGGUGUCUUCUCUCGCAAAAGUCUCAAAGAGAUGCCACGUGAGCAGCUGGAUGAGUACGACAUGAUACUCCGACACUUUGAUGACGAUUUAUACAAGUGGGUUGUGAUGAACGAGCAGCCGCCUGCAGCUGUGGCAAACAUGCAAACGUACAAGGCCCUACAACAAUUUGUGGAGGAGGAGAGGGAAAGCCUUUUGGGGCCAAUUGUUUAG